AUGGGAAAUGAAAUGUUGCGCGACAUCUCAGGCGGGCAGAAGAAGCGCGUCACCACAGGCGUGUCCCUCGUGGGCCCCAAGCAAGUUCUCCUGAUGGACGAGAUCAGCACGGGGCUGGACUCGUCCGCCACCUUCCUCAUCACGCGCUGCCUGCGCCAUCUCACGCACCUCCACUCUGCCACCACGCUCGUCGCCCUCCUGCAGCCCGCCCCCGAGACCUACGAGCUCUUCAACGACGUGCUGCUGUUCUCCGAGGGCCACGUUGUGUUUCACGGGCCCAGGGAACACGUGGUGCCGUUUUUCAACCAGCUGGGCUUUGAGUGCCCAGAGAGGAAAGGCGAGGCGGAUUUCCUGCAAGAGGUGACGUCGAUGAAGGACCAGGGGCAGUACUGGAAGGGGGGGCGGGCAGCCAGCCUGCCCUACCCCAAGGAGAAAAGCCCUCCCGGCGCCCUUGCCCACAAGCGCAACGCCCUCCCAACAUCUGAAAUGUUUUGUGCAGUCUUCGAGCGCGAGUUUCUCCUCAUGAAGUGCAACACGUUCCUCUACGUCGCUCAGACCAUCCAAAUCAUCCUCAUCGCACUCGUCACCAUGACCAUCUUCUUCCGCACCACGCUUGACAUCUCCCUGCAAGACGGCAACUACUACCUCUGCGCCAUGUUCUUCGGGCUCAUCAUGAUGCUCAUAUCUAGGCAACCGAGGGCAGUGGCUAAGGGCAGAGGGCUGAGGCUAUUCCUCUUUCUCUCUCUCUCUCUCGCUCUCUCGAACGAACGAGCGGAAAAAUUCAGCCGCAAACUGAAUAAUGAGGAAAGGGAGGGUGAGACGGGCCCUUAA